UUUGCAAAGAUGUUUACUAUUAUAGCUGUUAGGGUUUUAAAAAUAUGUAACAUGCAGGCUGCAAUGCUGUUAUUGGUUAUCUUCUUACCAGCACUGGAUACCCAGCUGAUACAGUUCCCCCAUUUCCUGAAGGUCCGUGCAGGAGAACCAGUAAGCCUCAUCUGUACCAUACAUAAUGGCAGUGCUUCUUGCUUUGAGAUAGUGUGGUACUUCCAACAGCACAUGGAGCCUCCACAAAGGGUUGAUACUGUUAAAAGGUUCUCCAUAGGCGGUGGGACUUUGGCGAAAGACUGCCAGUUAAACAUCAGUAGCACCAGAAAAACAGAUUCUGGAAUGUAUUUCUGCUCAAAGUGCAGCUAUUCAUUCAGUGUGUUUGGAAAAGGGACAAAGCUCAUAGUUACAGACAGACAAGAUGAGAAACCUUUUGUGGUUAUCCUCGCUCCCCCUCCAGAAGAUAUUUCCAACAGGAAAAAUGUGACGCUCGUUUGCCUGGUAUAUGAUCCUCCUUCUGAUGAUAUUUCCAUUUCAUGGAAUGUUUCUGGGAAUGUGAUGAAAGGACAGAUGGGUACAGGGAUGAUCAGCCAAAAUGGGGACUAUACUAUUAGUAACCUGUUAACAAUAGCCACUGAAGUGUGGUUAUCAGAACCUUCCAUCAUUUGUACAGCUGGCACAGAAGAUAAAAAAUAUGAAAGACACACAGAAACUGAAGAACCCAACUACAAUGCCGCAAUGUAUUCAUUUCUGGGGAUAAUGAUUGCUGUUCUUCUCAUCAUUAUAAUGCUCCUUUUUACCUACUAUCAAAAGGAAUUUCAAACAGGCAAGUAAGAAGGAAGCUGUCCAGUAUGCUCGCUUUCAGCAUUAAUGAAGUUCACAAGAGAGGAAGAACCGAACACAAUCAAUCAAUAAAUCAAUCAAUCAAAAUCAAUCAAUCAUUCAGUAAUACAAAAAGUAAUAGCUAACUCAUUGACUUUUGUUGUUAGAAUACUGGAAUUUUGCAAACCAGGAUUUUUUGUUUUUGUUUUUGCUGCACACACACUGUUGGACCGAAAACACAUUUGUUUCCUUUGUAGUAUACUUGUAUCAAUGUGCCGAUCUUUUGAAAGUUGCCCCAUAUAAAGCACUGCUUAUAGAAACAAUGAUGCCUCCUACUGCACUACAGUCAAUGAUGGCCUUGGGAUGUCUAUUAGCUCAUGUAAAAAUUGCCACAGUAGCAAUAUAUAAUCUUAUCAUGGAACUUUAUUUUGCCCUUUUAUUUUAAACCAAUUACUGCAAAAGCAGUUAAGGAGUUGUUAGAAAUCUAGAAACUAAAACUAAUCCCAGUUCAUACAGUGGCCUUCUACCAAACUGCAAUGUCAAUAAUAGCAAAGAUUUUCAAUUUAUCAUAUAGAGCCACAUUGUAGUUCUUUGCCCUACUACCAGAAUCUUUGAACAGAUUGCUUACAAAACAUUUUGAUUAUGUUAAUAAGAUUUGCAAUUUGAUUAACUGUUUGAUUUGGGGAGGUCGCAAUACAUUCACAACCACAAAGAACACCUUAUGUACCUGUAGCCCUGUAGCAUCUUUAAAGGCCAACAACUUCACUUUGAAAAUGUGGACUGCAAAAUCCUUCUGAAAAAACUAAAAGCACAAGGAUUUACUUCUAAAACCCUGCUUUGUUUUCAAAUUACAUUUCCAGCAAUAAUCCAAAUUGCUGUUGAGUGUACCUUUUCCACUGAGAUUCCAUGGGGCUCUAUAGUGAACUGCCAUCCCUAUUUAUUAGUCAUAUUACUGUACCCUUUAACCCUACAUCAAGGACAAAAGGGCCUACAACACUUCAUAUUCAAAGUGAACUUCAAAGGCACAGCAACAGUUUAUCAGUAGUUUAUUACAAAUAUUACCAAUAUGUUACCACUAUGCAUCUCUAAAUCAGAAACUAUUUUUGACACAUCUUAAAAAUUAGCACACAGCACCCUUCCCUUACACAUAACCACUCUAGAUAUUACUCAAGUAUAUAAAAUUGGUACAUCUGCCUAAAGCUGGAUGUUAACCUUUCCCUAAAUACUCUUUAUGAGAUCUUAACUGACAAGAUUAGUACCAACUAAGAGCUAGCUAAUUUAUUGCUAAACAUCUAACUUUGUCAUAUGGGCCCUGACUAUUAAUGUAUUUAUUCCAAAAUUAGAAUAUGGUCUUCCUGUUAUUGUAUUAAAUUAAUCUUAUAAUAUAUACCUUAUCCAAGCAUCAUUUAACAACAUCUCUGGGUUAAUUUGUCUCUCCUUUCAAAAUAACAUCAAUGGAGGACAUCAACCAUCGUCACUCUGCACAGAAGUGGGCCAUCUACAAAACCUAAUAACUAUAGACCCGUAUGUCUUACCAGUCUAAUAUGCAAAACCAUGGAAAGAAUUAUCAUGGAACUGACCAAUAAUGAUAGAGAAAACUGCUAUAGACUGGACCAGACCUAGUUUGGUUUCAUCAAGGGCAGGGCAUGACUAUUCAGCUAGGUGGACUUCUUUGAGAAAGUCACCAAAAAAAGGACAAGGGAAAAAUGGUUAACACUGCCUACCUUGACCUGGCCAAAGUAUUUGAGAUAAUGCCCCACUUGAGCAUCAUUGACAAACUCAAGGGAUUAAGUAUAAACCUUAUGUCAUCAGGCAGGUAGCCAGCUAGCUCACACACAGUGCCCAGAAUUUUAGAAUUGAGGAGUUCUCCUCUACAGCGAUGCCUGUCACCGGUGGAGUCCUUCAAGGAUAGGUUCUGGUACAGGUUCUUUUUGGCAUUUACUUCUCUGAAGUCAAGGCCAUCAUCUCUGGCCUCUGGUUGACCCAAUUUGCAGAUGAUUGCAUGUUAGAGCAGUUAUAGAAUCCCCAACAGCACUAAACCUCUCUAAGAAGGGCUGACAAAGACAAAUAACUGGUUUCAGAUUCAUGGACUAAAACUAAAUGCCAAGAACUGCAUAAUAGUAACUUUUCAAAAAUCAGUGACCCUGGUAACUAUCAUAUUGACAACACACCCUAAGAGUUUUACACAAUAGUCAGAGAGUUGGGGACGCACUCAGACAGUAAUUUUGCCUUUGACCAUCAUGUGAGUGUGAUAGCAUUUAUCAGACCUGCCACUGAGUACAAUGUCCCUUUUGGUAUGUACCUAACCAGGCACACCCAACAAUUGUAACAUCCACAGAGGUUCCUCACUAAAACAAUACAGGGUGUAAAUAACAUGUCCUAGCCCUGCAUUUUGUUUUUUACAGGCUGUAGAGGGGAGAUUUAUACCUGGUACACAGCAUUAUCAGACCUCACUCUGAUGGAUUUCCUGCAGAUCUAAAACAUAAACAGUACCAGAAUUGCCCAUUCCAAAGACUUAAGGCUUGCCUGUGAUUUAAAUGGGACC